CCUCCCCGACCGCGGCCGGCUCGCGCGGCGCAGGCGCGGCGGCGCGGCCGGGAGGCCCGAGGGCGAGCGGGGCGGCCGCGCGCUCCCCCGUCUCGGGCCGGAUCCGCGCCGGUCGGCAGCCCCGCGGGCCGCGCGUCGUCAUGGGCUCGGGCUGGAGCAGCGAGGAGGAGCGGCAGCCGCUGCUGGGGCCCGGGCUCGGGCCUGCGCCGGGGGCUGCCUGGAGGAGCAGGGAGGCGGCGGCGGCAGCGCUCCCCGCGGCGGCCCCGAGCCCCGGGCGGGUGUACGGCCGCCGCUGGCUGGUGCUGCUGCUCUUCUCGCUGCUGGGGUUCGUGCAGGGCCUGGUCUGGAACACCUGGGGCCCCAUCCAGAACUCGGCGCGCCAGGCCUACGGCUUCUCCAGCUGGGACAUCGCGCUCCUCGUGCUGUGGGGGCCCAUCGGCUUCUUGCCCUGCUUCGCGUUCAUGUGGCUCCUGGACAAGAGAGGUCUUCGGAUAACUGUGCUUCUGACGUCCUUCCUUAUGGUUUUGGGAACUGGUCUAAGAUGCAUACCUAUAUCAGACUUAAACCUUAAAAGAAGACUAAUCCACGGAGGACAGCUGUUAAAUGGAUUGGCGGGUCCGACUGUAAUGAACGCAGCUCCCUUCCUCUCCACCACAUGGUUCUCUGCAGACGAGCGGGCCACGGCCACAGCCAUUGCUUCGAUGCUCAGUUAUCUUGGGGGAGCAUGUGCGUUUUUAGUGGGACCACUCGUUGUUCCAGCUCCCAAUGGGACAGCGCCUCUUCUUGCCUCAGAGAAUAGCAGGGCCCACAUUAAGGAUCGCAUAGAGACUGUACUAUAUGCAGAAUUUGGAGUUGUCUGCUUACUGUUUUCUGCAACUCUAGCUUAUUUCCCACCCCGGCCUCCUCUUCCUCCCAGUGUUGCUGCAGCUAGCCAGCGGCUGAGUUAUCGGCGGAGCUUUUGUAGGUUAUUAAGCAAUUUGAGGUUUUUGAUGAUUGCUUUAGCAUAUGCCAUACCACUUGGCGUAUUUGCUGGCUGGUCUGGAGUUCUGGACUUAAUUUUAACACCAGUGCAUGUCAGCCAAGUAGACGCUGGUUGGAUUGGAUUUUGGUCCAUAGUUGGAGGCUGUGUUGUUGGAAUAGCAAUGGCAAGGUUUGCAGAUUUUAUCAGGGGUAUGCUGAAACUAAUUCUUCUCCUGCUGUUUUCUGGGGCUACGCUGUCAUCCACGUGGUUCACCCUGACCUGUUUGAACAGCAUCACACACCUGCCUUUAACCACAGUGACAUUGUAUGCCUCCUGUAUUCUCCUGGGAGUGUUCCUGAAUAGCAGUAUACCUAUAUUUUUUGAGCUUUUUGUGGAAACUGUCUACCCAGUUCCGGAAGGAAUUACUUGUGGAGUUGUCACUUUUUUAAGUAAUAUGUUCAUGGGAGUACUUUUGUUUUUUCUCACAUUUUAUCACACAGAGUUGUCUUGGUUCAACUGGUGCCUUCCCGGGUCGUGUUUGCUCAGUCUCCUCCUCAUUCUGUGCUUCAGGGAAUCCUAUGACAGACUCUAUCUUGAUGUGGUUGUCUCAGUUUAAUAGCACAGACUUGGAGUUUAAAAAGAGACUGGAAAUCAAUACUGCAGACUGCACAUUUGCUUGGAAUUGCACAUCUAACAGGAAAAAAAAAGAAGAGAGAAACUUCAUUCAGAGGUUUUCUUAGGUUACAGAUGAUGGCGUUAAUUUAAUUACUACUAGGUAAUAAUAAUGUGGAACAUGAGUGAUAAUAGUAGAUUUAAAAACUGUGUCAGUGGCAUACCUGUGCCUGAGUCUGGGGUUAGAAGUGUGAUGUCUGACACAGAAAGCACUACCUAGGUAAUUCCCUCUAUGUUUUGUGCCAGUGCUAAACUACUGAUUAAUUGUAAUUACGAAGAGAAAUAAAGGGUGUCUAUCACAUGAAGAUAACUCCUUCCCAAAGCCACAUAUCAGAAUAGGAAGAAAUGCCACUAACUUCUAAAGAAGUUUAAAUCCUGUAUCAGAUUUUAAUUAUAAAAUAGCCAAGCGGUGUAUCAAUGGUAGAAAUUAACCACAUGUACACUACAGUUUUUCUAAUAAAGCCAUUUCUUAUAUGACUCAUUUUUAAUUAGGUUGGAAACCUUUGGCCACCUUAAUUAUGGUGAUGAAGUGCUUUCCAGCAACUUCAGAGCACAUACUUUGUGUCUCGAUCUUAACUUAUCCUUGUUUCUGUGAAAUACAAUUUCAUCUCCUAGGCUCUUAAAUGACAUUAAAGGUGACUAAAUGUUUAAUAUAAUCGCAUUAAAUGCUGUAUGAAAAAUGUAAUUCCAUUCCAAUUUAGCACUUUGUUAAAAAUGAAAUGACAAACCCCAAAGACCAUCCUGUGUCUUCGGGCAGAUAUAUAUGUGGUGGCAUGGGAUGGAAAAUCCAGCACCAGCUGUCAUCUACCAGGGUUGCAUUUUAUUAAGUGACCCGUGUUUGAAAAUCACAAUUUAUAGCAUCGAAACUUUCAAAUCUGUUGAGUGAUUUCUGCAUUACUUUCUUGUAUCUCAAUUCAGGUUAUAAAAUAUUCUGUUCUGUAUGGAGUCAUUGUAUUUGAGAGGGCAGUAUUUUGCCAGUACCUGCCUUCUUUCUGAGGAUGACAGCUUUUUCAAAAAUAACCCCCAUUGGACAGCUCUCAGACAUGUCUUUCACUAUGACAUAAAAUAUGCUCUUUUGGGGUUAUGAUAUUAGCACUAUUCAGAUUUACAUAAUUCCCUUCAUGCAGGAAAAUCAAACACUUUCUCAAAAAGUCAAGAAUAAUAUUUUACCUUCAUCGUUCUCAGCUUCCUCCAACUCCCUCUCCUUUUUUCCUCACUUGAAAUUGUAUCUUCACUGUCAGCUAAAUAUAUAUUUCCUGUCUUUUUCUGGACAGGCAGAGUGUAAGCCAGCUCCUUCUGUUAGCCAGGAUGUGAAGUAUGGUUAAGGGGACCUGGUCAGCACUUGGUGGACUCACCUGCACACGUGCUCACACCAUCACACACACAGCCCCCGAUUCCCCUCCUUCCAGCCCCUUGGUAAGUUGAAGGCGAUGCGUUAACUCACCUCGGUCCUAGAGGAGGAUUCUAUUACCCCCAGACCUUCUAAGAUCCUAAAUUGUGCAACUUGGAGAGUAAGAAAACCCUCAAGUUUAACAUCUGUCUUCAGUCACCUUUAGACCAUCCCUUUUUAUAACCAGCCUGCUAAUCACUUAGCAGCCGGGACUGAGGAACUUGCUAAAGAGGAGAAGAAAGCCUAUGAAAGCUAGUCUUAGUUCCUGUUAACUCUGUCAUUCUUCUUAAAUAAAAAUAAAAGGAAAGGAAAGCAGAAUUCUUAAGGAUAUUUGAAAGCCAGCCAGUCCAGAUAUCAAUAGUCCAUGAUCCAGGUGCUAAAGUAACCACCACCCCUUCCUGUUUAGAAUGGAUCUAGAAAGGCAGGGGAACGACUAUGGUGCAUUUGGUUUUAGUCGGAACUGUGUUUGAGGACGUUCCUAAAAUUUCACACAGAGCAUUUUAAUUACGGUUAAUUCUACUUUUAACACAAAGUGAAAAAUAACAUUAAAAAAUAUUACCUAAAUGACUGAUUAGUUCAAAGACAUCCCAAAUGGGUAGUGAUGUUAAAUUCUUGCAUGGUACCAGGCACCAGCCAUGGUGUUUAGCAUAUGUGAGAUGAGAUGAGAUGAGAUACAUCCCUCUAUCUCAUUUACAUCUGCUCAACCCCUCCAGCAGAUAAUUGUUUAAUCACAGACUGCAGCUGUUUUAAAAGAUCAGAUUUCAUAUACCAAACCUGAUAGAGAACCAAAAGGCUCUAGGCGUGGGGCGGGGAUUAUACAUUAUUUAUUUACUGUAUAUUUCAUACUUUUUUUUUUUUUUUACUUUUUGUAUUUCUCACAUGCAUCAAAAGACCAGCCCUUAUCUUUGCACUUUACAAUCAAACAUUAAAGAGUCCUAAUUUUAAAAAAAGAGUCCUAAUGAAUUUUAUAAUUGAAAGAAAUCUUAACCCUCUACUUAUCCAGGCACUCAUUUUAGAAUUUAUAGAAAUAGUCCCAGAGAGGUAAAGGAUCACACCACAGGUCACAAUCCUCGUUAAUGACAAAAGUAAAACUAACUAUAAAACCCGCAUCUUCUGACUCCCAAAGCAGCCUUUUUUUCUCUGCCUCACAGACUUGCAGCUUAAUUUGGACAUUUUGGGGUGUUCAUGAAUACUCUUUCUUGUUCAAAAACGAUGGGGCUUAAGAGUAAGAUACCAUUUAAAUGAAGUGAUUGCUUGAUUUCUAAGUAAAAUUCGUCUUUUUUCUUCACUGCUCUCCUGUUGGUGCUUUAACGUCUCUGAGUCUUAACUCGCAGUGAGUGACAUGAUCUGAAAAGUUUCUGAUGAAUAAUUCAGUCUUCAUAAACUAUAAGCAUUAUUAGUUGGUAAGGACAUGUUAUAAUACAAGUUCCCUGUGGCUUAUCCAUGAAUACUUCCCACUUUAUGGGAAGAAGCAUUUUUUAAUAUGGUCCACAGUGGAGAUAGAGAGCAGACAGUUACAUAUACAAAUGCGUUUCACUGGAGGGUAGAGCUAAUAAAAUAACAAGAGGGGGUCAGACACCAUUGUGUAUGUUUAAGCAUAUAUGGCCUAAGGGCCACGUUCAUCAUAGAUUAUACAUUCACGUUUAAUCAUUGAUAAUGUUUACAGCUUGUCUUUAUGAAGCCUAUCUAAUAAGGGAUUCAAGCUAAGAGAUUUGAAAUCGAGAUUAAAUUCCCAUCUACUCAUCUUUUAAUUCUCUUUUUUUUUUUUUUACUAUUUUUACUAAAAUCUAGGCAUUCAUGUUGCUGUUUGCAUAAGUACGAGCUUCAUUUUAAACUCAAGAUCAAAUGCAAAUGCAUAGGUUUGCUUCAAAUUAUUGUUAAAAACCACAUUAAUUCCACAUUUGUCCCUGAAACAAUAAAGCACAGGAAUUGCUAUGAUUAUACCAUAUUAUCAAGCAAGUGCAAAAGCUGCUAUAUGAAGAAAGUGCCCUAUUAGAAAAGAAAUACAUAGAAAACUAUGAGGAAAUUUCAUGAGACCUAUUUCAUAACUGUGGGAAAAAUAGAAUUCCACUUUAAUUUGUACGGUUAUAAUCACACAGAAAGGAACGAGAUAAAGCUUAUUUCCACACUGUCAACAGUUUGCUAGUCUGUCGGGAAAUAUAAACAAUACUGAGAGGGGAGAGUGCUGGACCAACCCAGAACAAAACUUGGCAGGGAGAGUCUCAGGUGCUCUUUUAACAGCAUGCCUUGGAUAGUUUGUGCUCAGUAGUGGUGAGUGUCUGCUCAGUAAGCAGACAUCUCGGUCAUCCUGAGCGCUAAUUUCCUUUCAGGUGUCCUCCUGGUUCAGUCAGAACCUCAAACUUAGGAGAUGACCUCUAGGAACUAAUACCAAGGCCCUUAGGAGACCCCUAAGAGUGUCACCUCUGGCUAGGGGAUGGGAAUGAUAGAGGCUGUGGGCAGAGUACAGGCAAUGCCAUGGCCCUAAAUCUCUCCCCUGAACCACCCCUCUUUUUAUAAGCAAUUUUAGUUUGCUCUCGGUCAGGACUGAAACAUCAGCCCCUUGUUUCACUUAACAGCUUCCUGAGGCUCUUCGCUUCUCCUCACUGUCCUGUACCUCAGCUUUCUGAACACUUGUACACAUCUGCCCUCAUCUCCAUCCUGGUCUCUGCUUCCUGGAGCUGACUUCCUAGCACAGGCUUCUUUCUCCUCAACUCCUCACUGAGCUCCAGGGCCGAAAACCCAGACUCCUUCCUGACCAGUAGUAUAGCUUUACACCCAGACUGCCCUUUCCUGAACAGGAUGAGCAGAACAUAAACAAAUCUAGGUACUCCAGAAAGAUUUAACAGUUCUCCUCACAGCCCGGUCUUGUAAGUUAGAAUAUUCCCCUGAAAUGGGAAGCAAAUCAUAAAAGUCUCUAACAAGUUUCUCUAGUUAUUAUUUCUUGUACUUUUAUUCUUUUAUUUUUUCAAUGUCUGUUGCUUGUUUGUUUAUAAUUUUGGCCAUGUGGCAUGCCAGGAUCGUAGUUCCUCGACCAGGGGUCGAACCUGCACCCUCUGCACGUUGAAAGUGCGGAGUCUUAACCACUGGACACCAGGGAAGUCCCUAUAUGUUGUACUUUUAGAAUGUGGACUGACUUGCAUUGUGUGCCUUUGAACCUGGUAGGCCUCAGACGAUAGCUUUCCACCUCAGCCAACACUCAGACAGCAAAAAGCUUCCCAACCCCAGCUGUUCUGUUCAUUCAACAAGGGAGAAUUAAAAUUUUAAAAACAACUAAAAAAUGAAACAAAACAUGCAGUUCAUUUCAGAAAAGUGAUAAAAACACAUCAAUCCAUUUUACCUCUAAACAUGCUACAUUUGGUACAUUGUGAGGCUUAGGGCUCCAGAAGGGAUGCAGAAGAUCAGCCCUGCAGAACAGCAGCCUCACGGUUCCCUGCAGCUCUUCUAGGUUACAAGCAGGGCUUCUGCAGUCUUGAUCAAAAUGGCCAGAAUGACUUGGAGACACUUUUGAUUUACCUUAAUGUUAGAAAAUGAUACUUUUUUAAACUAUAAUUUAGACAUCCUCUAGUUCAGAUUGGCUUUCUUCCCAUCUGCCUGGAAGAAUCGUAGAGUCAGAGAGGUGAUCUAAUCCAACCACCCCAUUUUACAAAUAAGUAAAUAGAGAAACUUUUAGGUAAAAUGACAGCUCGGUUUUAGCAGAUCACUCAACUCCUAGACUAGCAUUCCUUCCCUCAUUGAUCAGUGUGUUAACCAGAAAUAAUCUAAGUAAAAUUUCUUUCUUUUAAGUUUUUGAAAAUUAAAACACAUGAGUGUAUACCCAUUAUAAAAUAUCCAGUACAGAAAUAUAAAGUGAAGUCUGCCUCCAAACAUAUGCUGGUUAAUCUGUUCUCCUGUUCAGAGAUAAUUCCUAUGAGUCCUUUCAGAAAUUUUUCUGUGCAUUUACACACAUAAAGUAUCAAAACUUAGAGAGGAUUUAAAAUCGUCAUCUUGGGAACUUUUUCUUAAGACCAUGUUGGCAUUAACACUUUGAGCAGGAGUUUCUGAGCUCCUAAUUUUUCUCCAAGACGAAUCUGUAUCAAAAGUAGCAGUGGUUAACAGAAACAUUUCACAGAUCUGGUUAUGUACCAUCAAGCUCUAUCAUAUUCUGAAGUUUAAAGGUGAACUUCAAUAUGCAAUAUUGGUUUUCUUAUUGGAAAUACAGUCCAUUCUUAAUGCUACCAACUACGGUCCAUGCCCCAUAAGAGAAGAAAAGGAAUGAUCCACCCCCAAAAUCCAAACAGAUUUUCUUGACAGGGUUUCCUUGGCUGUCCAUCUCAGCAGAGGCAUGCCAUCCUGUAGAAAGCAGAAAGUCGAGAGGACAGCUUAUGCAAUCCUAUUUUUUUGAAAAAAUAAUAGGUAAUGAAGAUUCUAGUAAUCCUUACCUAUUUUCCUGGUCACCUUCCUUAGCUGUUCGAAAUUUUAAGCUACCAGUAAAAUUGAUGAGCUGUAGCAGGACAAGAACUUAGCUUAGUUUGGUCACUUCUUUCUUUCCUGUCCUCUCUCCCAUCCAGCUUUCCCCUUUCUGGUUGUAUCUUCCUACUUAUUCCGACUAUGCUCGGAAGCAAGCUGUGGGAAACCCACGUUGUCUGAGUUGCCGGUAUUAUUGCAGAGAACCGGCCAAUUUCUUCAUGAACUAGACUAAAGAGGACAGAAAAACAGAGCUCUGAAGCCCCAGGGCCCAGCUUGGCCAGGCCUGGUGUCUUCCGCUCUUUGACCCUGAGCACGUCCCUCCACUCCUCAUUUACCCACAGCUCUGAAAUGAAGGCGUGAACAAAGAUGUUCCCUAGGGCCUCUUCCAGGUCAGGAAUUCAGGUCCGUUCUGUUUGAGUGUUAGGAAAUGACCGAUGAGCAUGCACCUGUUUGCAGCCCUCCUCCUGGGCGUCCCUGCGCGUGAACACAGACUCUUCCACCACACACACAUUCAGCAACAAGAAGAAGCAGCUUCCUCAUUGUCUGUGCUAGAAGACAAACUGUAGGUGCUGUUUAUUUCCCCAAAGGACUUUAUAUAUGAAAUGUAGAGAUUCUUACAUAUGUCAAAUGCGACAAGAGAAAAUCUGUCACCUGCUGUUGAGAUAGCAUCCUGGGAGCCAGGUCAGAGUACUGCAUUUGCUCAGUGGAAUCAGGCCAAACCAGAAACCCAUCCUUUGGUUUGGUUUGGUGUAUUGUGAGUCAGCAGUGACUUUGCACCUGUAGAAAUCAAACUGUUGGAUCAGAUGGUAAAGCUGAUCCUCGAGCUGAUGUUUCUCGAGUUAUAGCACUGAAGAAUUGUAAGUUGCUCUGCAACAAUGUCGUCUCUAACAGCCAAAUUCUGCCAGUAGGGCUGUGCAUUUCUUUUAUAGGGUGAGAGCAGAGGUUUAGCAGGUCAGGUCUGCUCUGUACCCAGGUGUUAUGAAAUAAGGCUUCACUGAAAUUGUAACAUGGGCACAAAAGCUGUCAGAGAAGUGAACCAAAAGUCCAGCCUGGGAAUCAAGAGGCCUGGGUUUCACUCUCUCCAGGGCAGUUGCUGAGUACCUUGGGGCUUUGGAAAAGUCUCUCUUUUCUCUCUGGACCCUGGCUUCCUCUAAAAUAGGAGGGUCAAGUAGAUGUUCCUUUUUGCUGGAGAGUUUUAUAGCUUCUGAUAUACAACUGUUUGGUCACACACAGACCAAACAGAAAAUAGAAGACAAUACAAAUGCAAUACCUUUCCACCGGUCCUUCUGGUUACACAUUAUCUUUUCACACAAGGAGCUUCUACAAGAAAGGCCCCGUUAGUCAUGCCUUAUAGGUGCCAGGCAGUUAUGGAAGCUCUCAGGCCAUCGACAUAUCCACUUUAUCCCUUUUAUUCAUUCUACACACAGAGUAAUCACAUGUGUGCCUGUGAAGGAGAAUCAGAAAAACAAAAGGUGUUUCUACCCUUCAGGACAUUUUAAACAGAUUAAAAAAAAAAAAAAAACAUGUACUCUCCUGAACUAGCAAUUAAAAGGAACAAUGAGAGCUUCCCAAAUAACUAUGCAUAGCAGGAACCCAGAUUUUUUUCUUGUACCAUCAUUAACCAUAGCUGAUUUCAAGGGAAGGUAUUCUGUUCCACUGCAAUUUCCAUCAUAGACAGAACCUGCGUCUCUCUGGGAGCACUGAAUCAGUUUUCACAUGAGGAAUCCCAAGCAUUCCCAUCAUCCCAUGGCUAGAGACCGGGUUACUUUUCCUUUAGGAAGUUGGGAAGAUUGUUAGCACCUCCAGCUUCCUCUGAAGACAAGACUUAACAAAUAACAGACACACCAAGAUACACAUUCUCAUAAGGCCUUGUGAGUUUCCUUUCUAAAAGGAAUUUGAAUUUGAACAGAGAACAAAGACUAAACAGCAAAAGAAAGGGUUUCUAAUGAUAGAAUGUGGGACAUCAGCUCAUCAAAGAGAGAAGGGCUGCUUUGGGGGCAGGAGAUGCUAUGGGAGCCCUUCAGGUGUGUCCACCUGUGAGUAAAUCUAAGCCACACUUAAAGCAUCACUUAUUGCAGUCCUGGCCUUCUAAGCCUUUGCAGAAACCCAAAGAUGCUCAAAAGGGCAGGUUUUAGUUCUGGAGAUGGGUUUAUUUACUGCCAAUGUCCCCACCUCCAAAUUUACUUCCCUCUUCACCAGAAAUAAAUCUUUUGGAAGCUUAUGAAAAUUAAGUAUUAGGAAAAUCCUGCCCUAUCCUACUAGAUUGCAUCCACAAGCCCCAAACAAAGUCGCUUCCUUGACCUACACACAUAAAAGGUCGAGGAAGGUCUGUGACUGAGAGAAGGGGCCUGAAGAAGUCAGGGCAGGUACCUGAUUCCACCCCUCCUGCCACAGGCAGAACGGGGCUGCCCACUGGAAUCCAGCGAAGACGGAGGGUUGUGUUGGGGUGGUCCCUUUCCUCUCAGUCCUUCCCUGAGCUCACUAAUUCACAUUGCACUGCUCUUCCUGAUCAAUCAGUUAUUGCUGAGAAAAUCAGUUCAGUGAGCACGUAAAUGUCUCCAGGGGAGCCGUCCUCCUCCGUGACCCCACUGUCCUUUCAGUCUGCGCCCCAGAAUCCUUGUUCCCUGUCCCAGAGAAAUGCAGUUACCCUUGUCCUUUUCAGGGAAAAAACAUUGAUUGAGAGCUUUGCCCUGACACUUCACCCUCUUUUAUCUCAGAAUACAGAAGCCCCUUCACAUUUGUUGUCUAAAAUGCUCAAGGUUAAUAUAGAUCCCCAGGUACCAGCAACUCCAUGCUGCAUUCUGUUGCCUAUAAUUGUCCUUCCAUCUAAUUGGGGGAAAGGUUGCUCUAAUGAACCAGCUACUGAUUCCCUUACCUAGUCACUCUUUUAUCAGCAUUCUUUUACCAGGAAAUUCUUCGUUACCUAGGUUCCUGAAAUUUAUUUCAUGGUUUUUUUUUUUCACUUUAAUUUUUUUCUUACAAAAUUGCUUCUUUUAUCUUAUAGCAGACUGUGAUCUUUCUGCUUCUGAGUACUUUAUAAUACAAUUUGAACAUAAUAGAAUAUUCUAAAAUAAAGCCAAGCAGGGAUUUCAUCCUAGCCACUAUUAAAUGCUGGGAGAGGCAGAUCAUAUUGUUACAAAAAAGAGAGAGGGGAGCUAGAAUGGAGGAAGCUGGAUCUCAUAAUUCAACCAGUAUAGUUGGGGCUCCUGCUGCAUGCUGAGCACAGGCCUAGGCUCUGAGGAUGCAGAAACAAAUAAGACAGCAUCCUGGCCCUCAGAGGGAUUCGUAUUCUGAUGAGUCCAUUCAUAACAGCUGUAAUUCAAGCCUAGCAACACCCCCAAAAGGCUGUGGGAAGCUUUGUAGCUUAUUUCUAUGGCUGGCUAUGGGAUCUUACUCUGUUUGGAAAAAAUAUGUUCUAAAUGGUCCUGUUUUCAUGGGCCAUUAGAAAUCCAUCCAGCUUGUCCCUAAUCAAUUUUUAUAGUUACGUGUAACCUUCAUAGAGUAAAAAAUGCCUCUGGACAGCUUUUGAAGGGAUAGACAGAGAAAUCUGUUUUGAUGGCUUGAAAAGAAGUGGGAAAGUUUUAGGGAAAGCUAACAAGCUUCCAAAGAGUUCAUAUCUGCUAGUGUUCAGACAUGGGAUUAGGCAGAGGGAAAAGCCUUCUAGCAAGAGGGAGAGGGGGCCCAUGUAAGCAUGGAGACCCCACUGAAGGAGUUCGCGAGACAGAAGCCAUCCUACAGGCAUUUGUUAAUAUAGCUGCUGAGUGAAAGCGGAGAAGGAGAUUUGGGGGCAGGGAGUUGUGGUGGAAGCAGAUUCUGGAAAACAGAACCCCCAAAGUGGCUGAUUUUCAGAGUCAUCUGGCCCAGCCUCCUGCCUCCAAGCACAUCCCGCCUGUACUGUCUGGCCAACUGCUUUUUCAGCUCUCAAGGGAUACAGAUUCCACAACCUACCCUGUCAUCUGUUCCAGAGCCUUUGCACAAGCUCUUGCUUUUAAAGAAUGGAGUCAGGAGAGAGGUGGUCCAAAAAUGGGGAGACAAGCAGAGCAAAUCAGGGCAGAGGAACUCUCGUGGAGCUGUAGGUGGGGACCGUCUCGGCGUUUCACACUCCCUCACGCUCCAGGGUGGGUGGGGAUACUAAACGGGGGAGCCAGCCAUCUGGGCACCGCCCUCACAGAAGCCCUGUCUGGCGGAGCUGAGGCUCCUGUUCUGCUCCACGAAAGCAGUGGGAAUCUGGACAUCCGCCACCUCCCAUGCCUUCAGUACCUUACUGCGCUUCGUUCACUUUGCCCAAGUCAUUACUUUUCAUACCAGUUCUUGAAUGUGAAGAAAUCUUGGGUAGUCCACGUGGACUUAGAUCCAAGUAAAGUCAUCAUGUCUUACUCCAUUCAGACUUUUCCAACCGCCUCCACCCUCUCAGUCACAUUCCUAGAAGCAAACCAGAAAGUCUGUCCAACCAAAAUUGCUAUCUAUAUGCCCAAGAGCUUUCUUGUUCUCCCACUGUUCUCAAGCCACAGUGUGUUUGGUCUGAUUUUACUCCAUUUAUAGUUCUCUGGCUUUCAUGGCUCUGUACCACAUGACAGUCGGAGCAGGAAGGCAAGCAGAGGCCAGGGGAGCAGGUGGAAGGAAGUAGAGGCAGGACGGCUGCAGAAACAGAGCCGAGGCGGCUGCUGGCACGGGAGCCUGCCGUAGUCCCAGGGCCAUCAAGAUCCAUACUGGGGUCCUAGUGUGUUGUACAGGCUCCCCCCAACCCCAUUCCCCGGGUUUCCUAGAGGCAGCCCUCCCCUCAGCCUUGGGUCUCCCCUUAGCCUUGAGCCUCCCCUUGGCCUUGAGCCUCCCCUUGGCCUUGAGCUGCAUUGCACUCCAUGCCCUCCCUGUCCCCUCCUCCCAGUCCCAGGCUACACUGAAGCCCCUGACUCCUUUUCAGUCCGUGGAAGAACAGAGUACCUGCCUGUUGGGAUCGGGUCCACUCUGGGAAUAGUUUUUGGCUGAAACUGCUGCAGUUGAGCACAAGUUCUGACUACCAGAGUAAAAGAAUACUCCAGCAGGCUGCAGCAGACUCCGUGCCUCUGGGGCUCUAAGUAAGAGAACGGGCCAGGACCAUCCCAGAGGACUAAGGGUAGACCAGAUGAUCUCUUGAGAUUCCUCCCAGCUCCAGAACCUGACUUUUUAUUUUUUAUUUUUAAUCUUUAUUGGAGUAUAAUUGCUUUACAGUGUUUUAUCAGUUUCUGCUGUACAACAAAGUGAAUCAGCCACGUGUAUGCAUAUAUCCCCAUAUCCCCUCCCUCUUGAGUCUCCCUCCCAGCCUCCCUAUCCCACCCCUUUAGGUCUUCACAGAGCAUCAAGCUAACUUCCCUGUGCUCUGUAGUAGCUUCCCACUAGCCAUCUGUUUUACAUGUGGUAGUGUGUAUAUAUCAAUGAUACUCUUUCAUUACAUCCCAGCUUACCCUCCCCCCGGUGUCCUCAAGUCCGUUCUCUACGUCUGCAUCUCUAUACCUGCCCUGCUAUUCGUAGUGAGGUGGAUGGACCUAGAGCCUGUCAUAGAGAGUGAAGUAAAUCAGAAACAGAACCUGACUUUUAAAUAGCAAUACUAAGAUCCAGGUGACAUACAGGCCCCCGACAGCAGGCGCUCCUCCUUCUGUAACACUGCAUGUACCUGGGCAGACGUUCUCCUAGCACAAGACAUGGUGCAAAAAUAGACAGGUGCAGGGAGGGGACUUAAAAUCUGCCCACACUGAGCCUUGAUGCCAGGAGUUGUGCAUAUCUGCUGGUCCGGCUCCACAACGUGGUGGGUCUAUGCAACUGUCAAAACAUGAGUGUGUGUGAUAAAUUCCCCUCCAACACUCAUCACAACUUCUGAGUGUUCUGUGCAUUUUAAAAUAAUUCUUAACAUGUAAAUAUUAUAUUACACUUUAAUAAAAAGGAUGGUUUUUUUUUUUUUGCAUUUUACUUUUGUAAUAUUGGGGGUUUUAUAGAUUUUUAUUUUAUGGCCAAGUAUACUUUUGUAAGGGAAUGUUGAAGUCUUCAGUAUUUUUAUUCCUUUUCAAAUUAUAGUUCAUGUCAACUGUAAGCACUGAUAAAUAUUGUUCAUAUGUGGUUUUCCUUCCUUUCCAUCAGGUCUUUUUAAGGAACUGUCUUUUGGCAUAGCAUUUUAUGUAAAACUCUGCUUCAUUUUACACAUUGUGAAUACCGAAGAUUCUGAAAAAUAAAAAUGCAUUUAAAA